GCACUCUCUCCUGCGCCCGCCAGCUUUAUGGGAGGGCACGACUUCACUACGACUACCAGCCCAUAGUGUGUCUGUGAGAGAUACAACAAGAGGAGAGAGAAAAAGUGUAGAGAGAGAGAGAGAGAGGGGAGCAGAGAGAGAGAGAGAGGGGGGAGCAAUGGAGUCAGCAACCUCCAAGCCCUCUCAUCAUCCUCUCAUGUCAGAUCUUCAGCACAGGUCAAAAUCUCAGUCCAUGUUUCGAAGGUCUUUUGAUCCAGAGUCCCUGCUUUACUCUUCCCAAGUUCAUCAUGGAUAUGGAGGAAACAGAGAAACAGGUGGAGGAACAUGCCGGCUGCCCCUUGACAGUCCGUCGAUCGAGCUGGUGGCAUCAGGUGGGCAGCAGCAGCAACAACAACAGAACUGUGAGGGAAGCAGCCAUACGGCAGCAUACUUUUCCUGGCCAGGUUCGACUCGACUCAACGACACUGCAGAAGAGCGGGCUUCUUACUUCUUUGGCCUCCACAAGGGCUUCCAGCCAGGCCAUGUUGCCCAAUUGCCCCCAAGCCAACAGGCGGCAACGAUUCUAGAUCUCAUGACGAUUAGGGCUUUUCAUAGCAAGAUUUUGAGAAGAUAUAGUUUGGGGACCGCGGUUGGGUUCAGGAUGAGGAAGGGGAUCCUUACUGAUAUACCGGCGAUUCUCGUCUUUGUUGCGAGGAAGGUGCAUAGGCAAUGGUUGUUGGAGUGCCAGGUCUUGCCUUACACUCUUGAGGGCCCAGGUGGUGUAUGGUGUGAUGUGGAUGUUGUAGAAUUCUCAUAUUAUACUUCACCUGUUGCAAUACCUAAGGAGCAGGUAUACACAGAGCUAGUAGAAGGCCUACGAGGAAGUGACCAAUGUAUUGGUCCAGGAUCUCAGGUUGCAAGUCAAGAGACCUAUGGAACCCUUGGAACAAUUGUGAAAAGCCGAACUGGUUCUCACCAGGUGGGUUUCUUGACAAAUCGUCAUGUUGCAGUGGACUUGGACUAUCCUAAUCAGAAAAUGUUUCAUCCUUUACCACCUAACCUUGGUCCUGGUGUCUAUUUGGGUGCUGUUGAAAGAGCAACAUCCUUCAUUACAGAUGAAUUGUGGUAUGGAAUAUUCGCUAGCACAAAUCCAGAGACAUUUGUACGGGCAGACGGGGCUUUUGUCCCAUUUGCAGAUAGCUUUGAUAUGUCCAAAGUCACAACUAUAGUAAAAGGUGUUGGGGAUAUGGGUGAGGUUAUGCAUGUCAACCUACAAGCACCCAUAGGAAGCCUUAUUGGGAAGCACGUCGUAAAAGUAGGGAGAAGCUCUGGCUUAACCAGAGGCACCAUCCUGGCCUAUGCGUUGGAGUAUAAUGAUGAGAAAGGCAUUUGCUUCUUCACUGACUUUCUUGUGGUUGGAGAGAAUACACAAGCAUUUGAUCUUGAAGGUGAUAGCGGCAGUGUUAUACUUAUUAAUAGUGAGAAUGGUGAAAAACCUAGACCUUUAGGCAUUAUCUGGGGUGGUACAGCAAACCGAGGCCGCCUGAAGCUUAAGGAUGGGGCUGGUCCUGAGAACUGGACUAGUGCUGUUGAUCUUGGUCGCCUUCUUGAUCUACUUCAGCUUGAUUUAGUCACUUCAGAUAUGGAGCUCCAAGAAAUUGUUGAAGAGGAAAGGCAAGACUUCUCCAAUGCAGUUGUAGACCCAACAGUGGAGGAGCCUUCUCCUAGAGGAAGCCACUCCCAAGCUAAAAUCAAAGCGCUUGAAGGAUGUCAGUCCCUUCCUUUUGAAGACAUGACAGGUUUUGGGCCCCACAGUUCUACCCCCCAAAGUGGUGGGGUAGACAUGGAUGUUCUCUUUAGGCAGACCGACUUCAUCACAAGGCUUGCCGAGCCCUCCACAAGCGUCGAGCUCCAAUUCAUGCAGGAUUUCCAUGUAGCAUUGGGCCAACCAAAUCAGAGCCGAACACAAAACCCCGAAAACCUAUCGGAGCUUAGAGAUGGUAAGGAUGGGUCGAAUGAUGACCUAUCGAUUGGCCUUCAACUCGGGGACCAUAGCACAAAAAGGCGAAGGACCUCUUCAUGAUGGGGGUUUGGUGUUUUAACUGUACAGAUAUCUCGGCUGGAAAGUGAGUUUUGUUUGAGUUAUUACGAGCCUAUAUCCUUGCAUUAGAGCCCCAUUCUCUGGCAGAGAGGGUGCUGUCAUUGAGUCCAGGAGUUUGAACUGCAGAAAAAACCUUAGUAAGUUUUACAAAAGUCUAAUUGCUCCUCUCUGCACUUUUUGAGGCAAAUGUUUUGAUCCAUCUUAUUUAUCAAGAAAGAAGUGUUUGUCCUGUG